UCUCUUUAAGUAGCAGAAGAAGACAUCAGUUUCUACGUUUAUAGAUCAAACUCUAUAGGAGGAUUGUUCUUUAAAUUCCACCAAAAUAAAAUUUAUUUGUUCAUAUCUCAAGAUGGGUAUGGUUGUAUGCUUGCUCUUGAUAACAACCUUGUUCUUCAACUCUGGCUAUGCAGCUAUAACCUCUUCGAGUCCUUUGUCAGUAGGCCAAACUCUCAGCUCUCCUGGUGGAUCUUUUGAGCUAGGCUUCUUCACUACCAACAAUUCAAGGAACCAGUAUGUUGGAAUCUGGUUCCAGAAAGUCACUCCUCGUGUUAUUGUUUGGGUGGCUAACAGAGAGAAGCCAGUCUCCAGCCCCAUGGCGAGUCUCACAAUCAGUAGCAACGGAAGUCUUGUCUUGUUCGAUGGCAAGCAAGAUCACGUGUGGUCAUCAGAAGGAGAUCUCACUUCAAACAAGUGUCGUGCUGAGCUUUUAGACACCGGGAAUCUCGUCCUCGUGGAUAACGUUACUGGAGAGUAUUUGUGGCAGAGUUUUGAGCAUCUUGGUGAUACUAUGCUACCACUCACGUCUCUGAUGUAUGAUACUCCUCACAACAAGAAACGUGUUUUGACUUCCUGGAGAAGUGAGACUGAUCCAUCACCUGGGGAUUUUGUAGCUGAGAUCACACCACAAGUUCCCUCGCAAGGCGUUAUAUGGAAAGGCUCGUCGCCUUAUUGGAGAAGCGGACCAUGGGCGGGAACGAGGUUCACUGGGAUACCUGAAAUGGAUGAAUCAUAUAUAAAUCCGUUGGGAAUGGUUCAAGAUGUAGUCAACGGCACUGGUGUUUUCGCUUUCUGUGUACUGAGAAAUUUCAAUUUGUCAUCCAUCAAGCUAACGUCAGAGGGAUCGUUGAGGAUUCAACGCUAUGAGGGAACCAAAUGGAUUAAGCACUUUGAAGGUCCGGUGAGCUCGUGUGAUCUUUACGGUACAUGUGGACCUUUUGGUUUGUGUGUGAGGUCCGAGACUCCAACGUGCCAGUGCUUGAAAGGGUUUGAGCCAAAGUCAGAUGAGGAGUGGAGAAGCGGGAACUGGAGCCGUGGGUGUGCGAGGCGCACGGACUUAUCUUGCCGAGAGAACUCUUCUGAAGAAACACAGGGGAAAGAAAGAGACCUCUUCUAUCAUGUUGCCAACGUAAAGCCUCCAGAUUCUUACGAAUUAGCAAGCUUUAGCAAUGAAGAACAGUGCCACCAGGGCUGUCUAAGGAACUGUUCUUGCACAGCCUUUUCAUUUAUUAAAGGAAUAGGAUGUUUGCUCUGGGACCGGGAGCUGUUAGACACCGUGAAAUUUGCUGCCGGAGGAGAGACUCUUUCCCUUCGUCUUGCACAUUCUGAAUUGACUGGAAGCAAGCGAAUCAAGGUUAUUACUAUUGCCACUCUCAGCCUCUCUAUUUGCUUGAUCUUGGUGCUUGCUGCAUAUGGGUGUUGGAGAUACAGAAUGAAACAAAAUGAUUCAAGUCUUGUCUCCAAGGAAAAUGUAGAAGGCUCUUGGAAGAGUGAUUUGGAAUCACAACAUGUCUCAGGUUUAAACUUCUUUGAGAUUCAAACCUUACAAACCGCCGCAAACAAUUUCAGCGCGUCGAAUAAACUUGGUCAGGGUGGGUUCGGUACGGUUUACAAGGGGAAGCUUCACGAUGGGAAGGAAAUAGCUGUAAAGCGUCUUUCCACCAGCUCUGUUCAGGGUAAAGAGGAGUUCAUGAAUGAGAUAAAACUUAUCUCAAAACUACAGCACAGAAACUUGGUUCGGCUUUUGGGAUGCUGCAUCGAUGGAGAAGAGAAGUUAUUGGUCUUUGAAUAUAUGGUGAACAAAAGCCUUGAUACUUUUCUCUUUGAUUUGAAGAAGAAGGUUGAGAUUGAUUGGCCUAAGAGAUACAAUAUCAUUCAAGGAAUUGCUCGUGGACUUCUCUAUCUCCACCGCGAUUCAUUACUCAGAGUUGUUCACCGUGAUCUGAAGGUCAGCAACAUUCUCUUGGAUGAGAAAAUGGACCCUAAGAUAUCGGAUUUUGGAUUGGCUCGGAUGUUUCAUGGAAAGCAACAUCAAGACAGCACUGGCAGUGUUGUAGGAACUCUAGGAUACAUGUCUCCCGAAUAUGCUUGGACAGGGACGUUCUCUGAGAAAUCCGACAUUUACAGCUUCGGAGUUCUGAUGCUCGAAAUCAUCACCGGAAAGGAGAUUUCGAGCUUUAGCUACGGAAAAGAUGGCAAAAACCUUCUCUCAUAUGCAUGGGAAUCUUGGAGUGAAACUGGAGGAGUGAAUCUACUGGAUGAAGAUCUUGUUGAUUAUGAUGAUUCGGUUGAUACAGUUGAAGUAGGGAGAUGUGUUCAUAUUGGUUUGCUCUGUGUUCAACAUCAAGCUAUUGAUAGACCAACCAUCAAACAAGUUAUGUCGAUGCUGACUUCCACAAUGGAUCUUCCUAAGCCAACACAACCAAUGUUUGUAUUGGACACAAGCGAUGAGGAUUCUUCUCUGUCUCAACGCUCCAAUGGUCUCUUCUCUGUUGACGAAAACAAAUCUUCUAAGGAGCUAAAUUCUUCCACGUGAGUGUGUUGCCCAAUCUGAUUCUUCCACGUGGGCAUGACUAUAUGUUUAGUUAAAAUUGUAAAAUAAAUCAAGGAUGGAAAUUGACUAUUUAGUCAGCCAUGAGGUUGUAAAUUUUACAUUCUCCCAUUCUCUCAAUCUUCAUAUUUAUUUCGAUUUGGUUAUAAA